CGUAUCUUUUGACAGCAUGACAACUAGCGGCUAGCUAGCUAGCGUUAUUAUGAGCAUUUUCUAUAGUUUUAGUCAAUUGUUGGUAGUGUAGCGGUAACUACGUGUAGUUUUGGUUUGUGCGAUGACAGGUAAACAAAUAUAACAGUAAGUUCAUCUUCGUCGUGGUGGUUAUGCUGCUUUGAAUCGGUUUUUAACAUGGGCUCUGAGGACGUACUCAAGAAUGCAACAACUCUUGCAUCUUAUAGUGUCUUGCUUCAGGUGAUGUUCCGCGUGCUAACCUUCUUCAUGAAUGCUUUCACCUUACGCUUCGUGUCCAAAGAAUUAAUUGGCGUGGUAAACGUCAGGUUGAUGCUACUCUACUCCACUUUAGUUUUUCUGUCUAGAGAAGCGUUUAGGAGGGCAUGUCUAAGUGAAGACACAGUGGGACGUACCUGGAGACAGGUUAUCAACCUGCUAUGGCUUACGUUGCCACUAGGCUGUCUUUGGGGAUUUGUUCUUGUAUGUGUGUGGUGGUGGGUCCUUCAGGCACCAGAUUCUCAGAUUGUUCCACAUUAUGUGCCUGCUGUGGUGAUCUUCUGCCUAGCUGCACUUACAGAGUUGCUGGCUGAGCCUCUCUGGGUCCUUGCACAAGCACACAUGCUCAUCCGCUUAAAGGUGGUUUCUGAAAGCCUCGCAAUGAUUGCUAAGUGUCUUGUCACAGUAACACUGGUAGUCUCUGUUCCUCAAUGGGGCCUAUAUAUAUUCUCUGCUGCACAGUGUGUAUAUGCAGGGUUCUUGGUUCUCUGUUACAUUGCCUACUUCCUGCAUUUCCUUGGAUCUGAGGAGGCAAAGAGGAAGUCCUUCCCUCUAGAACAGAUGUCAGAGCUGCUACCCUCCAGAGUGAAAGGACAGCCUGUAAUAAACUUGAAGCUUGCCACACUGACUUGGAGUUUCUUCAAGCAGUCCCUCCUCAAACAGAUACUGACAGAAGGUGAGCGCUACGUAAUGACCUUUCUGAAUGUUCUCAACUUUGGAGACCAGGGGGUGUAUGAUGUAGUGAACAAUCUUGGCUCGAUGGUGCCUCGCUUUCUGUUUCUGCCUAUCGAGGAGAGUUUCUAUGUUUUCUUUGCCAAAGUUUUAAAGCGAGGACAGGACAUAAGGCAUCAGAAACAAGAGGAAGUUUUCAUAGCAGCAAAUGUACUGGAAUGUUUGCUGAAGCUGGUUCUUCUGAUAGGUCUGAUUAUCACUGUAUUUGGUUACUCCUACUCUUAUCUGGCUCUUGAUAUAUAUGGCGGGGAACUUUUGAGCAGCGGGACAGGGCCUACUCUUUUAAGGUGGUACAGUUUUUAUGUACUACUUUUAGCUGUGAAUGGCAUAACAGAGUGUUUUGUUUUUGCUGCCAUGAGCAAGGAGGAGGUGGACAGGUAUAACCUGGUGAUGCUGGCAUUGUCUGCAUCCUUUCUCCUGAUUUCUUAUUGGCUUACUUGCCUGUUUGGGAGUGUGGGCUUCAUCCUGGCAAACUGCUGUAACAUGGCACUAAGAAGCUUACAUAGUUUUGUGUACAUACACCGGUACUUCCACCACAGUGACCACAACCCUUUGUCUGGGCUCUGCCCACAUUUGGCUCUCAUGAUCACCCUCACAAUAAGCUCCAUCCUCACAGCCUUUUCAGAGUACCUAUGCUUUGACAGUGGCUGGUUUCUAAGGCUGGCUCAUGUCGCCGUGGGAGCUGUUUGUUUACUAAGUGUGAUCAUUGUAGUGCUCCUUACAGAAACAAGACUUGUCCAGUUCAUCAGAACUCAGCUUCUACCCAAAUACAGCAAGAAACAGACGUAAACUUGUCAUCAUUUGACAUUUGAAUUAAGUAGUACCUAUUAAUUUGGUUUUCAGGUAUGGACCACAUAUUGCGUUGUUUGUUUAAAAAAAAAAAUUAAAUAAUUAAAAAAAUUUAUUUUUAAGUGCUGUGUAGGUACUCCACAAACCUUUCUCUGAAAACUUUAAGUUGGACCAAAGAGUGGUAUGCAUUUAUUACAGUUAAUGAAAUCAGUGGCUUUCUGACAGUGAGAGUGGCUACAUUUGAUAAACUUUCAUACUUCAAUGUAGGUAAUGAUUAUUUUACUUAAUAAAGGUGCUGGAUACCGCAUACAGUAAAUUGUAUUGGGAACAGGGAGUAAAGAUAAGGGAUGUUAUGGGAGAGUAAGGAUAUGUUAUGGGAGAAAGUACAAAAACAAUAAAACAGUUUCCAUCAAA